AUGUCGAAUUACGAAGAAAGAAUUGAAAUUAGUGGUCAGACUCAAAUUAGCGAAAUUAAUUAUAUUGGCAAAAACAGCCUAUCAUAUUUCAUAAACCCUAGAAGUACUUUGAGUGGUAUGUAUCUGGACAUUGAGAGCAAAUACUUCACUAGAAAUGAAAAUAUAUUAAACAAUAAUUCAAUUCGCAUGAAGCAACUCCAUAUUUCGGAUAGAGGCUGUGAAAGUGAGAUUUGGCUCACAUUACCAUUGGUUUUCCCAAUUGCAACUUUACAUAGUGUGACACACCAACGUGAAAGCCAGUUUUGUGAGUCAAAUGGUGGCACUUUAUGUUUUUCUCCUGAAGAAACGAACAUUUCAAGAUUAUUUUCAACAAUUCAAGGUCUCUCAGAUAUUGGGGCAGGUUUUUUUCAAAUGGUAAUUGCAAAAUUCAAAGGAGUUGUCGCUGAGGAUAUUGAAGUAAUAAAAAAUGAAUUUGGAAGAAUAUUUAAAGAUGAGAGCUCAUCAAUCAAUGGAUUUAUUCCUUUCAAGCCUGUUGGAUGGAGGAAAAGAAGUUUUUCCAAAAUGAAUUCUACUAUCCCAAUAGAGGUUAAUGCAAUUGUAAGAGGCACUAUGAUCAACAAACAAGAUUCAUAUUACAAUGCGAUUUUGAUAUCUGAAAACUACACGGAGAGCUGUAAAGAAAACAUAAUCAAGUUGGGAAAACUAUCAAAUAAGUUUUUGGAGAAAAUUAAAUUCAUCUAUCCAUCAUUAGAAAUUAUAAAAGUUUCGGAUUUGGAAAAAGAUAGUUUUUUCGAGGUAACUAUACGAACAGAGCCUAUGCCUUCAUAUGUCUCCUCUAAAGGAGAAGAUUUUGAUUCCAAAGAUAAAAAAUUUUCUUUAUUCCAAAAUUCAUCGGAAAUCAAUAAUUUGAAAUCAAUUUAUCUAGGUGAUAUACGUCUCAUCAAUCCUUAUAAAACUGAAGUAGAUACACGAAUUCCCUGUGGAUUAUUCAAAACUUUUGCGUUGAUUUCAAACCAUUCCAUUUUUGAACAAUCUGAAUGCCGUAUGGCAACAUACAUUCCAUUUUCUCAGAAUCGUAAAAAAAAAUCCAGCCAGAUUAACUAUGAAAAUAGUACUGAAACAGUUCCUAAUAGCUCAAAUUCAAUUCAUCAAUCACAAAUUUCGGAUGUGGUUCAAUACAAAAUAUCAACGCCAAAGCUAUUAACCUUUGGAAACCAUAAUAAAGAAACAAGCAUAAAAACUCCGCCUCCAAGCAACUUUUUCACGAAUAAUUCUAACUGUGUCUCAAACAUAUCUACUUGUGAUUUGGGUUAUAGCACCGUAUUCAACAGUAAUUGGGGUGGAAAAAGCUAUUCAUGCACGCCGACAACAAAGUCAUCUCUUAAUAAAAUUUCAUAUACCCCAUUUUCUUCUACUGAAAUAGAUUCUUCAUCAUGGGUAAGUGCUGAUUUUAAUAUAGAAUCCACUUCCAUCUUUUCUUUUGAACAAGAUAAUCAACAUUUUAUUCCUCCUAGAAUUUCAUCUCUUAACUACAUGAGUAAUCUAUGCAGUAAUGAAAGUAUUAACUACUCGAACAAUAAAUUGCUCUAUUCAAAUUUUAUUUCUGAAAAAUCGUCGUAUGAACCAAUAAAAAAUUUUGAUAACAAUCAUUUAGAUGUUACUCAAAAUUCUUCAGAUAAUAAUGGACUGAACCUCAUAAAAGAAGCUAAAGAACUUAAUAUAAAUGAAAUCCGGGAACCUGUUUUUCGCAAUGAAAAAAAAUCUAACAAAAACCAAACUAUAGAUAUUGAUGAAAACAUUGAAUUUUUUGAAUAUGACUGUUCCCAAUAUUUGGAAAAUAAAGAUUUUGAUAUUUUAAAUAUGUUAGAAAAUAUUUUUUCAGACAAUUCAGUAACGAAUUUAGAGAACCGUAAAAUGGGAUGUAAUAAUCAUCAUUUCAAUGAUUUUGAAAAUGUUAAUGGUAAUGGCAAAUUGUCUGAAAAGAAAACUAACCAAUCACUUGGUAAAGAUUAUGGUGAAAAAUUAAACUUAUGGAGUUUUGAGUUAAAUAAUUCAAGUAUUUGCAUUGGGAAAACAGGCUCAGAUCUACGGCAGAAAGGGAAAGUUUCUGAAUUCGUUCCAAAUGAAUUAAACUAUUUAAAUGAUCAUAUACUUUUUGGUCAGUAA